AUGGAGGAAGUGCCAAGUGCUCUCUCUUCUUCCGUGGCAUUUGAAACUGAACUCAACCUUGAAAGCUUGGAGAGCAGUUCUCCUGCGUCUGUUGUGGAUGACAAAGAUCAAGUUAAUGAUGAAAUACUGAAAACUAUUAAGCCAACAAGUAAAGAGUUUAGGAAAACUUGGGGUUUUCGCAAGACAACAAUUGCCAAGCGUGAGCAGAUUAGUGACGUGGAUAUGGAUGCUUCCGAAUCCUCCCAGUCCACUCCUUCGCUCCGACGCAGCGGGAGGCAACCAAAGCGCACAGAGAGAGUGGAGGAGUUCCUGACAGCAGUCAGGAGGAACAGGGGCAGGAAGAUUAAUGCUCUGGAAGAGUCUAGUGAUAGGUCGUGUCCAGUGACAGAUGUUGAAACGGCAUCAGAAGGUAGUGUGGAAAGCACAACUGAUGUUAAGACUGACCCAAAACCCAAAAGUGAGGUUAAGAAGGAAGAGGAUGAUAGCUCAGAUAGUGAUGGCAUGACUCUGAAGGAGAUCCAAACUAGACUGAGAAGUAGACGCUCUGAUCCUUUGCCUGAGACUAUUCCAGUUCAGACUGUUCAAAUACCACUUGUAGAGGGUUCUGUCCGUACUAGGAGCGCUAAUCGAGCAGCUUUGCUUCAGCAGCUAGCUGCUGUUGUAAAGCAGGAACCCCAGAGCCAGGAUAAUACAGAAGAGGAGAAACCAGUACGAAAGGUAUCCACAAGAAGGCGACCAGAGGCUGAGAUCUACGACCCUAACACAUUGUAUUGCAUCUGCCGACAGCCUCACAACAACAGGUUUAUGAUCUGCUGUGACAGAUGUGAAGAAUGGUUUCAUGGUGAUUGUGUUGGCAUUACUGAAAGGCGUGGCCAGCUACUAGAAAGAGAUGGGGAGGAUUAUAUUUGCCCUAACUGUACUGUCCCACAAGGGCAUGAAGAUGGUAAUUCAGACAUUAACAAGAAGGAACAGUCAAUGACAGCCAAUAUCAUGCUUCAUUCUGGAGCCAACGCCAUGUCCUCUAUGGAGCAGAGCGCACCUGAUCAGGGGAUCAAGGGUAGAAUUGAGAAGGCUACACAUCCAACUGGCAAGAAAAAACUGAAAAUAUUUCAUCCUGUGGAGAUUCCGGACUUUGCUGAGAUGUCCACAGAGGUCUGUGAAACUACCGCGGUCUCUGAGGUUUCCACUACUUCUUCUGAGCCAUCGCAGUCUCAGGAUGUGGCCAAGUGCAUCGGACCAGGCUGUUCGAACCUUGCCCUUCGUGACUCUGUGUAUUGCAGCCAUGACUGUAUACUUAAACAUGCUGCGGAAACAAUGAAAUCACUUAGCGCCAGCAAAGACGCCAAGCCCAAGGAAAAGGUCAAGGUAAAAAUUGAGAAGAAGUCCCCACCACCCAAAUCCCAGGCUCCUUCCAAACCCACACUUGUGCAGAAGGCCUCUGCUGAGAAGACCGAAAUCCACAAGCAUAGUGUUGUAAUAACCCCGAAGGUAGAGACAGAAGGGUCCAGCGACGAGCCAUCGGAGUACGGCAGCAGCACACCUUCUUGGGAGAGCGACCAUAAUUACAUUGCUGUAAAGCCAGAAAAAACUGCUGCCAUUUCAUCCACACUAUUUUACAAAUCUGAGAAAACAGAAGAACCUGAAAAGAAACCUGCACCUCCCGCCCCUGCUCCUGCCCCAGCCCCUGUCCCUGCUUCUGUCCCUGCUUCUGCUCCUCCUGCUGCUUCUGUUAAAAAGCCACCACCCUCUCCAACGUCUUUGGCAAUGAAACCCAUCUCUGCUCUGCCCCGGAUCCCCAUGUUGAAGAAGGUCCCCAUUUCCCCGGUUUUAAGCAAGCAGCCACCAAAACAGUCUACCAUCAUCAGCGGCAUCAAACCUCUCCUGUCUCUAAAACCGAAACCCCACCCUCCUCCCAUUCUUCUCACUACAUCUGCUAUCAGUAGACUUCCAAAGAUACCCAAGAAGAUACCACCUCCAUCUUCUGCACCUGAUCCAAAGAAGAUGCCUACUUUAAACACCAUAAACAAGAAACCAGCAUCGGGGGUCUCUCCGGCCCACACGUCUUCCACGUCUGCACCUAGUACAUCAUCUUCAUCGGUGCCUAGUGCUCCACCUAAGCCAAUUCCCAGCUCAUCUCAUCCCGGACCCAAUAAUCAGAUCAGGCAGAACAUCCGCAGGUCAUUAAAGGAGAUCCUUGUCAAAAGGGUGAAUGACAGCGAUGAUCUGUCGAUGUCCGAGAACGAGGUGGGGCUUGUUGCUAUAAACAUUGAAAAAGAGAUGUUCAACCUUUUUAAAGACACGGGCAGUGGAUACAAGAGCAAGUAUAGGACCAUCAUGUUUAACCUGAAGGACCCAAAGAACCAGGGUCUGUUCCAGCGUGUUGUUCGUGGAGAAAUCUCAUCGGCAAAAUUGGUGCGCUUGAAACCCGAAGCCCUCGCAUCAAAGAGGCUUUCUUCCUGGAAAGAGAUGGAGUCAAAAACGACUGCGGUUCUGAAAACCAAGUCUCGUGUGGAACAUAAAAGCUUCUCAAGACAUUUCUUAGUAGAUAUGGAGGAAUCCCCUCCCAUGUCCGAUACUGACACGGAGCAACAAGAAGCAGCUCGUGUUCCUCCUCCAGAGAAAAGCACCUCGGCUCUCCCAGACAUAUUCAGCAGUAUGUUGGACGACACAACAAGCCAGCAUCGUGCCCAUCUGUUUGAUCUCAAGUGCAAAAUCUGUACAGGUCAGAUAUCUGCUGACGAUGAACCCCCAAGUAAACGCCAGAAAACCACCCCUACACCCAUAAAGAAGCCAGAGCCUAAAAUCAAACCAGAAGAUGAGCCACCUCCACCGCCUGAAGAGGAGUCUGAUACGCCAAUGGAGACCAGUCUGAUCAAAGACAGCAUCCUAAUGUGGUCCCUGAACCAGUUCGGAUGCCCAGUGCCUCUCCUCCACUCCCUCAGUCCCCUGUAGCUAGUCAGGCUCCCAUACUUCCUGUCCCCAUCCCUGUCACCACAGUCAUAGGUUCUGGCAGGGACCCCAGAAGAGCAAUUAAUCGGCCACCAGUAGCUGUUGCCACCCCUCCAGACAGCAGUCCAAGAACCACCCGGGAUCAAGAAGAAGCUUCAGCACCACCACAGCCUCCUCCUGUUGUUUCUGCUCCAAAGUCUAUCCUGAUGAAGCCAACCACCUCCGACAUCCGCUAUCUAACAUCAUCUUCACCAAACGUCAACAUGCCUGAUAUCAGGUCACCUCAAGAUGGAGACACCUCGCUCUUCCUCUCUCGUCUCAGCCCAAUCUGGAAGGGAUUUAUAAACAUGCAAUCUGUAGCCAAGUUUGUCACUAAAGCUUUCCCAGUGUCCGGUUCUAUCGAGUACUUAAACGAGGACUUGCCAGACACCAUCCACAUUGGAGGAAGAAUCUCUCCAAAGACUGUUUGGGAUUAUGUGGGCAAACUCAAAUCAUCUUUGUCAAAGGAGCUGUCGUUAAUCCGCUUCCACCCAGCCACAGAAGAGGAGGAAGUGGCCUACAUCUCCCUCUACUCUUAUUUCAGUAGCCGUGGACGUUUCGGGGUAGUGGCCAAUAACAACAGGCACAUAAAGGAUCUCUAUCUCAUCCCUCUGAGUGCCAAGGACCCAAUUCCAUCUAAACUGUUGCCCUUUGAGGGACCA